UCGAUUCUGCUAAGCUUAGGGGAAACUACUACGAGAAAAAAUUGGUAAGUGGUGGUGAGCCAUCAACUUUUGUGGAGUCCUUAGGGGAUUCAGUCAGUACAGAUGAUCCACAUAAAGACAUGAUGAAGGCUUGCAUGACUGCUUUGAACUCUCUCGAAGACAUUGAUGAUGCAACUUACACAAAACGUGUUAAACUGUUGCGUGAUGAU